AUAUUUUUUUUGGGGGUUCUCUGAAGAAACGAGUAACGGAGAGAAAAAGAAAAGAAGAGCGAAAAUCUUUCGUUAGUUUUCCAAGAAAUUUUGGAUUCUCAGUUUUUUUUUACCUCGAAAGGCGAACAAGUUUCUUCUUUGAUUUCAUUUGUUUUGUUUUCCUUUUUCUUUUCCAAUUCAGGUCUAGGGUUCUUUUUUGUGUUUCUGUUCGUCUUGAUUGUUGCAGUUUGUUUUUCGGGAGGAUUCUUUUUUUGGCGUUGCUGUUUGGAGUUGAUUUGGAUCGAUUUUCAGUUUUGGUUGAUCCUGCGAUGGAUUUACUUUCUUGACGGAAAUUUAUUUUGAUGGUGGAUUUGAGAGGCGCAGAUGGAAAGGGGGCGGAUGAACGGGAACGGAAACGGGGAUUUUGACUAUAGUUAUGAGAGCAAUGGCUAUCAUGCGUUAGAUCUCGUGGAUGUCUACGGAGAGAACACGCCUAUUGGAAGAAGCUCCGGGAAGACGUCGCAGGUUGCUUCUUCUUCGAAUUGUAUCGUGCAUCCAGUUUCUAAAUUCGACACUCUUGCUGGAGUUGCAAUCAAAUAUGGUGUCGAGGUUGCAGAUAUAAAGAAGAUGAACGGGCUAGUCACGGACUUCCAAAUGUUUGCUCUUAAAUCUCUCCAGAUUCCUCUUCCUGGAAGGCAUCCUCCAUCUCCUUGCCUAUUGGAAGGCCUAAACACUUCAGGACAGAGCAGCUCCGAAAAGACUCCAAGCCGUCUUUCAUCAGAAUUCUUUGAAUCUUUCCAGUCCCUCAAAUUGAAGUCUUCCGAACAAAGGGUUUCCCCAGCCAUGAGCUCUUUACAAGGAUACUAUGGGCUUAAGCCAUUGGAUCAGAAGAGCAAAAUUGACGGUGGUUAUGAAAUGGCAGUCUACGGGAAAGGAGGCUCCCAUUAUUUAGAAGACGUGCCAGUUUCUGGGACCCCGGAUCUCCUAACACAUCACCAUCGAAAAACCAAGAGUUUAGUGAAUGGAUUUAUGGGUGAGAAAGGGGAUCUGACUGAUCUGCAAUCUGUAGAAGCCGGGGAUGGAGAUCCCAAAUGGAAUGAUAAGUUGAUCAGAAGGCGCCUGAAAUCUGUAGCUGACUUUUCCCAUACGCCUGAAAUGCUCUUGAAAGAUGACAACAGCAGUGGUGGUAGUAACGGCUUCUCAUCCAAUGCUGGAAAAGGCUUGGCUCAAAGACCCAAAACCUCCAGUAGAACUAAUUUGGCAAGCGACAAUGAUAUCGGAUUGAUUCCAAUCCCAAUUGGUUUGGGGGAUUUGUUUGUGGCUGCUGAUGGAUUCAGAAAGUCGUCAAGCACAUCAAGCUUGCCAGAUCAAGAAAAUGGCAUCACUUCAUCCAUCUGGUCUGCUUCAAAGUGGAGUCUGAAGCCAGAUUUACAGGCAAUUUCAACUGUUUCAAGACCAAUAUUUGAUGGCUUGCCAAUACCUUUGACAGGUCGAAGGAACAAAGCUGCACUUGAUUAGCUCCCAUCUGAAUUUAAAAGAAAAAAAAGAAAAGAGGAAAGGAUAAAUUUUCUCCCAACUUUUGCUCUGUAAUUUAUCAGAGGUUUUAAUAUCGUCUUCUACAGUUCGAGAAAGAAUUCAAAUAUAGAAGUUUAAAAGUCAAAUGACAGGUACAUUACACUUUUUGAGUCAUUGGUUCCUUAAAGAUAGAGCACGUGUAGAAAAGGAUUUGUCUUGUAAGAGAAAAUUUGUAGGAAAUGUAUAUUAGUUCAUUGUUUCAAAGCGUAAUGUUCAGUUGCUAUUUAUUGGACCAUGGACUCAUUUUAC